CCGGGCACAGCAAGGGGAAGAUGGCCGUGCCCAAGGCCGCAGUGGUGCUGAGGCACGUGAAGAGCGUCAUGGUCCGGUUCUGCCCUUUCCAGACCAACGUGGAAACCACGCGAAUAUUUCUUGGACAUGUAAACAGUAAAAAAGCUCGUGCCUCCAAUAUCAGCUGCGUAGUGACAACAGAUGUAAGACAUGAUGGAUCUGAACCAGUUGUAGACAUCAUGUUUGCUGAUGGAGACAGAUUGAUAAUGAAAGGAGCCAACUUGACAGCAGCAGAAAUGUUAUCGGCUUUCAACUCCAGAUGCAUAGCAAAAGACCUUAAAGCAGAAGAGAAAACCAAGAAAAAGGGUGCUUGAAGAUCAAAGGAACAAUUAUGCUUAAAAUUGUUUAGGCAUGUGAAAAGCAGCGAGCAGCUUUUGUCAUCAGAACUACAUAGGAAACUUCACUAAUAACUGACAUGAAAUCUUAAAAAGAGACAUGGACAAAAUGCUGGCCAAUUCAACAUACAGCUGAAUGAUUCAUAUAAAUAUAUAUUUUGCCUAAGGAAAAUAUAAUGGAGAAGCUAAAAUCGUUAACUCUGGCAGGGUCGGCAAGUCUUGUAUGCACAAAUAAAUUCCUCUAGCCAUAUACACAAACCAUCAGUCUCUUGACCAUGCACACACUGGAUCAAUGCCAUGCCUAUUUGUAUAUUAAUAUGAAUAAUGAAGAUGAGCCUAAGAAAUUUGUUACAAAUGGAAAAUUUAAGUUUAGAUAGUGUUUUCAGCAUACAUGCUAUGCACUGGUAUCCAAAACUUCAUUAGAUUGUUAAACAACGUUAUUGUUUUUAAAGUUAGUCAGUAAAUAUAAAUGUGAUGAAUAAGUUUAAAAUAUCUAGAUUUGCUGUCACUCAGCUACAGUAUUUUAGACAAAAUUCAGGACAGAUUCUACAGUGUUCUACUUGUCUGUCACUAAGUAACUGAUUUUGAUUCAAGCAGGGCAGACUUUAAGCUGAUUCACCGGAAUGGGGCCCCGCGGUGGUGGGGGUUCGCUCCAGGGCUUCAGCGGCAUUUCGGCGGUGGGGGAUGGGGAUUCCGCUCCGGGGCUUCGGUGACAUUUUGGCAGAAGAUAUUUCUGAUAGUGAGGUUUUUUACCCACGAAAGCUUAUGCCCAAAGAAAUCUGUUAGUCUUUAA